AAAAAACAGGGUCUAUAAAAUCUACCAUAGAUUAAUAUUCAGCCAGACAGUGAUACAGCUGGACUGCUCUCCUGUCUUAAACCAUUAGCAAAUAGUAAUUGUGCAUUGUGAUUAUUGUUUAUUUUGUGUUAUAUUUUUAUUGGAAAUAAAUAUGAUUGGCCAACUGAGCUUCGUUUUGAUACUGGCAGCGGCUGCGAGCGCUGCAUCCAUCGAAAUAUACAGACCCAUGAGAGGCGUGGACCCGAACACAGUGUCCUGCGAUCCAGACGGACAGAUUUUCCUGCUUCUUCCCAGUUAUACCGAUUGUAAUGCGUUCUAUUCCUGCUCGAACGGUCAAGAAGUGCCGUUCGUCUGUCCAGAUGGACUAAUCUUCGACUUCGAACUUCAGGGUUGCGAUUAUGAAUGGCGCGCCAACUGUACGUUAAGAACGCCCCCGGACGAGAUCGACGUGGAAGGCUCAGGUGACGAGCCCGGGUUCCUUCAUGAGGAUCUGGCGAGUUCACUCAUAGACGAACUAGCGAAUGUGGCCAGGCCGGUCAACGUGGAGCAGACGAAUAUCCAGUCAGCUCAUGACUCCAUAUUGAAUUGUCACCGAGUGGAGACAGCCUCCACGAGGGUCGCUUACAAAAAUGAUUGCCAACGGUAUUGGAGGUGUCUGAAUGGAGUCCCACAGGUGGGAUUCUGCUCGGAUGGCCUGUUCUUCAACGCCGCGACCCAACAGUGCGAUUUCGAAGCAAACUCUAAAUGUUUGGUACAACAAGACGACGAGUUGAAAGGCGAAUUUAUCGUUUACAAUAAAUAAAUAAAUAAUCUACUGACGAUUCUACUCUCUGACGAAACUCUCUUAACGCUUUAUAAAAUAUAAAUAAAUGUAUUCCGCCAAUAAUUAUUAUGUAAAGUCAUUUUUAUGUAUAGAUUUGACAGUUAUACAACCUAGUCAUUUAAUGUCUUCGAUCAAGAAUAUUUACUUAGAUAGAGCAUCACCUAGAAAUGUUUAUAUAAAACGCUCAGAAAAAAUAUAUUAAAAAAAAAGUAUAAAAAUGUUAUAUUUUAGAUAGAGAAGUACAAAAAGUGUAACUAGGUACAUCUCUAUUAUUAUGUUCAUUACAUUUUUAAAAAUGGCGCGCUUUUCGGGCGCCAUAAAAUUGUAUUAAUGUUAUAAAACUUUUAAUGUACUUAUAUUAAAUAUGGUAACUUUUAUCACACAAAAUAUGAUUUUUUACAUAUGUUAUGAAUACUAUAUUGUUAGGGACAUAUCUUGAUUUGACACUACAUCAAAUUGUAGGUAUAUAUUAUCUAUGCUCACAACCUAACGCUGUUUUUUUUACCAUAGAGUGAAAGCAAUCUAUUGUAAAAUUUUAAUGUGUCUACUUGUCAUUUUUAAGGAUUUCUAAUAAAAAAAAAAAUAUAAAUCUAUAAUCGAAUUAGAAAUUAUUCACAAAAAAUAUCUUCUAAAAUCAGUCGUGCUGUGUCGAGUGUUUUUCUGUUGAAUAUUAAAAUUCUCGAUUAUAAAAUUAUUUGCAAAAAUAAAUUUUUAUAGUCAAUGUUUGUUGUUGAUAAAAUUUAUUAUUGUUUGUAAAAUAUUAAAAUGACUUUGUUAUAUUCA